AUCAGAGAGCCAACAGUGUAGAUUGUACUUCAUCAAAUAUUAUUGUAAUUAUUUAAAUAGUUAACAAUGGCACCAAAAAAGUGUUGUCACGGGUGUCUUUCUGUCGGAAGACGGUUAGAUAUAAUUGAGGACCACGCAAAACUGUACAAUCGGCUGCUGUUGAAGAAAUCAGACCAUACAGCUAAGAAGUUGAUGAUGUGUUGGGAAUGCCGCCAGAUCUUGAAAAACAUCCAGACAUUCCGUAUAAAGAUAACACAAGCUCAGAGACUUUUAAGCAAUAAAUCUUUGCCACGAAACUCCCUUUCAAACCUGACUUCAUCAAAGAAAAUUGAUGAUUAUCACGUAAUAAUAUAUGAAGACGAAAAAAAUAUAACUCCAACUGAAAUAGAAGUGCCUGCUGUGAAACAAGAGCGUAGUGAAGAUUUCUAUGAUAAAAUUGUAAUAAAAAACAAUGAUAUGUAUGAUAUAAAAUUGGAUGCAAUUAAAGAGGAGGUUAAAAAUGAAAGUGAUGGGUUUGAGGGUGCUGAUAAUGAUGAGAUAACAGAAUUAGAUGAAGUAUUAGUUCCUAGUAAUUUGCUGGUAAAGAAUCCAAAGAUAGAGAUGGGACAUCCAAGGAAGAGACGGGCAGAAUUGAAGCAGAAAUAUAGAACUAUUAUUUUGGGUGAUAUUACUGAUAAGAGGAAUUAUUAUGAUAUAGUCAAGAUAGACCAGGAGACCGCGAUGAAAUGGCUCGAGAAGCGAAAGAAACGCACAAGUACCAAGAAGUUCCAGUGUCAACUCUGUUACGCCGGAUUCUCACAGCAGAAGUUGUACGACCGCCACCUUACCCUGCUACACGCUCAGAGAAACAAAUUCGAAUGCGACAUAUGCACCUGCCGUUUCAUGGACCGCCGCUUGAUGAGACGUCACAUAAACGAGCACUUCGUGCAGUAUUCGUGCAAGAUUUGCGGCCAACAGUUCCCCACACGGUCCCAGCUGUACGUGCACUUCGCGCACGGUCCGCACGGCCGGCAGAUGGAGUGCAAGAAGUGCGGGGCGAGGUUCGAUUGCAACAAGUCCCGUGACUUCUUCUCUCACUACCGCGACAUGCACGGCCACCCGCAGUGCGACCACUGCGGCAUGCGCUGCACCACCAAGAGCAGGCUCGCACGCCACAUACUAAUCCGGCACUCGGAGAUCCGCUGCAAACCUUGCGACGUGGCCUUCAGCUCGUUUCACGCGCUGACCGUGCACAACCGACGCAAGCACGUGGUCGACACCAGCGAGCGGAACUACUGCGUCGAGUGCGACCUGCAGUUCACGAACAGGUGCAUACAGUACGGUAGCAGGUUCACACGCAGCCCUGCGACAUGGGCCUCAGCUAGCUGA